AUGCUGCAAGUUACACAGUAUAAGCGAACUGAAGUUAUUGGCCGAGGGAAGUUCGGUGUGGUUUAUAAAGGUUACCACAAGCAAUCAAAGAAAGUUGUGGCAAUCAAGGUUUUAGAGCUAGAUACCCAGUAUGAUGAGGUUGUGGAUGUGCAACAGGAAAUUCAGUUUUUGGCUGAUCUCAAGAAUGUUCCCAAUGUGACACAUUACUACGGCUCCUUUUUGGUCGACACGAAGCUUUGGAUCAUCAUGGACUAUUGUGCUGGUGGAUCGAUCCGCACCUUACUUAAAGCUGGUGUUUUUGAAGAGAAGUACAUUGGUGUGGUAGCAAGAGAGGUUCUACUGGCGCUACUGGCUGUCCACAAAAUGGGCGUCAUUCACAGAGACAUAAAAGCUGCAAACAUCUUGAUCACAAAUGAGGGCAAUGUCCAACUAUGCGAUUUUGGUGUUGCAGUCCAACUCACAACUACUGCGCUGAAAAGAGCAACCAUAGCAGGUACUCCAUUCUGGAUGGCGCCUGAAGUUAUUCGUGAAGGCGACCAGUACAAUGUAAAGGCUGAUGUAUGGUCGUUGGGAAUAACCCUUUACGAGAUUGCUACAGGUAAUCCUCCAUACUGUGACAAGGGGGCUACUUGGGCCAUGACCAUGAUUGAAAAACUGACCCCGCCUCGUCUUGAAGGACGUGAGUAUCCUGUAGCCUUGAAGGAGUGUAUCGCUUUAUGUUUGGAUGAAAAUCCUGAAGAGCGGCCAUCGGCUGACGAAUUGCUCAAAUGCAAACUCGUGAAAACUUACAAAAACUUUCCAACAAGUACAUUGAAGGAAGUCAUUUCAAGAUAUUUGCUCUGGAGGGAUCGGAAUCUGUCAAGAGAUUCCGUCUUCAUAAACAUGGAAGAUGAGCCAGCGGCUGAGGAUAACCAGAUCCAGAUGAAAUGGGAUUUCGAUUCCUUGAGCAGCAAAGAGUACAUCAUUGAGAAUGACAUUCACCUAAAUGAUACUGAGGACCAGUUGAAAACUAAUGGCAUGGAUGAGAAUGAUUACACUUUUACUACGCAACCAACUUACACAUAUCAAACUAAUGGUGGGAACGACACUAUUACAAAUUCCAAUGCAUUUUCAUUCACUAGCUCAGGCAGCAAGCUUAAUACAGCGGACCGAUCGAACCAGGGCACGAGAAAUGCAACUACUAAUGGCACUACAGCACCAAAAUCUUUAAUGUCUCUUUUUGAAGAAGAUUCAACCUCUGAUUCGGAAGAGUUUAACGACUAUAAGGUGCCUCAAAUCCCAAAUUUGUCGAACUUAUUAUCUGACAGCUCAAAUAAUAACAGCUCCCCUACAAUUGAAAUUCCUGAUAUGGAGAGUUUGGCUAAGAUCAGCAAGCAACCCUCGUCAACGCAACUAUCUUUGAAUCGACUGAUGCUGCAAUCGUAUAAUGAAGAAGGUAUGACGAAACUCAACAAACCUCCACAAUUGGUUCACUCACAUUCCUCGUCUGCAGCUUUGGACUCGAGACACAAUUCUCCAAACUCGAAUCGUCCACGUCAAAGAACAAUAUCCAAUUCAUAUGGGUCCGUCCCCAGUCACCCUGGUAUGGACCCUAUGGGUCCACAUACUCCUUCAUUUGCAUCGGAAUUUCUGCAAAUCAGAAAUACACCAUCUCCACUGACACAACCGCCUUUUCCUUCAGAUUCAAUGGCCACUGCCAGUCCGUCUAAAUCCAUGAGAGCACUUCAUUCAAAUAACAACCCAAUGCUCCAACCCAUUAAUUUCAAAUCUGGAGCUGAAAAUCCUAGCUCGAACAAACCUAUGGCGUCCACACUUUCAGCUAUGAGCUCAGCGAAUACUUCCAAUCAAUCCAUGAACUCGGCGACUAACUCGAACCAAUCAGCUAAUCACUCAACAGCUUCAAUCGCAACUUCUACAGUCCCGCUGAAUCUGAAAAAGGAAAAGCCCUCACUUAGGAUUCAAAUGCCUGUACCAUUCAAUUCUUUCAAUCUUCAAGCAUUAACUAAUGAAAACACGGAUGGGAAGAAGCCAGACGAGAAUGUCAAUCAAUUUGGAAUAAAUCCUGCGUUGGUAAACAACAUGGCCUCCAUGACUCCGGUUACAGAAAAAGAUAGUCUCCUUGGUGAAGGAGAGACAAGAGAAUCGCGCGCAGACAGCGGCCCAGGUGCCCAAAGACACCCACUGCUGAAGAAAAUUUCGGCUAUGAUGGGUCCCAAAACUGCUCCAGUUACCAUUCCGACGCAGCCUAAUACUCCGGUCUUUUUUGGCCUGAGAAAUCCCACACUAACGAAUGUGGGCAUUUCAAGCGCUACUGCUUCGGCUAGUAAUCUCAAUGCUUCUACAAGUAAUGCCAAUGCCUCCAUGAAGAGUGACAAGUUCCCUAAGAUUCCUGAACUAAACGGUGAAAUGUUUCUGGAUGCUGUGCCCAAGAGCCGAAUUACUCAGGAACUUGAAAACAUGAUCAAGUUAUUCAGUCAGGGAUUGGACGCAUUAGAAAGUGCACUAUAG